UGCGAGUCUCCUGAUUGGUCGACCGGGGCAGAAUCGCCCCUCAUCAUCGUAACUGACGUCAUAGGGGAAUCGGUGAGGGUAUAGCUCGCAGCCCACCGGAGCUGAGUGUUAUACAGAAGCGCUCGAAAGACUGAAUACAGCGGAGCUACUAAGGAACCUCGCUUUGCAAGAAGAGCAAGAUAUCUUUUUCACAAGAUCUGGAGUUGCACGCGUUUUAGCGGACCCCGUUAUUCAUUGGCGGCUCGAGCUCAGAUUUCUGCGCGCGCUCUAACGGACCUCCAGCUGGAUGGUGGCGUGAAGAACUGUCCGCUUUGCAAUCUUCUAACGCUUCCAAAUGGCCCUGAACAACUCUGAAGUGGGCUUAGAAGUCAUCUUGGCGAUGGACCAACUGCUGGAGCUCACCCCGUCCCAUGUGACCCCUAAACCCAUGGAGUCCACAUUGAUGACCCCAUGGGACGUCGCCCUGUGCGUAUCAGGAGUCUUGAUCUGCUGUGAGAAUGCGAUCGUCGUGGCCACUAUCCUCUCCUCGUCGUCUCUGAGGGCACCUAUGUUCCUGCUAAUCGGCAGCCUGGCCUGGGCGGACUUCCUGGCAGGGGUGGGGCUCCUUUUGCACUUCCUGUCUCGGCGAUGCGUGUACUCGGAAGCGCUAGAGCUGGGCAGCGUGGGUCUGCUGGUGAGCGCACUCAGUGCGUCCGUGUUCUCUCUGUUGGGCAUCACCCUGGACCGCUUCCUCUCGCUGCAUCGCGCGCUGACUUACGGGUCCCGCCUGACUCACGCGCAAACACUCUGCGCUCUGGCCGUUGGCUGGACUAUUGCGGGUCUUCAGGGCGCACUGCCUGCCUUGGGCUGGAACUGCUUGCAUGACGGAGAAUCCUGCAGCGUGCUUCGCCCUUUGACCCGAGUGCACCUCGCGACCCUGUGCGGCGGCUUUCUGCUGACCUUGGCUUUGAUGCUGCAGCUGAACGCCCGUAUCUGCAGCGUCGUACUUCGGCACUCGCACCAAAUCGCCCUCCAGAGGCACACGCUCCCAUCCGCUCGCACGCACACGCGUCGUCGGGUUCACACUCUCGCCCUCAUCCUCGCCACAUUCGCCAGCUGCUGGAUGCCCUUCGCCUUGUACGGUCUUCUGGCCGACGGAUCGUCGCCGGCUCUGUAUACUUACGCCACAUUGGUUCCGGUCACAGGAAACUCUCUGCUGAACCCUCUGAUCUAUGCCUACAGAAACACACACAUUCAGAGAGUGUUGCGACAGGCUUGCUGUUGUUGUCUACCAAACACACCCAGUAAAAACACACACACUCCCAGUGAUGUCUGACAUCAAGUGCUGAACACUUCAGAAGAUUCUAUGGUGCCAUUAAAGAUUGUGUUUCACAUUUUAUGUCUGUUCCUGUUUGGGAACGUCACUGUGCCAGUUGCCAAAUCUCCUGUCUGAAAAGUUAACAUGACCACUGUCAGUGACCUGAUCUACUCUGCAUUGUUUUAUUUAACUCUAAAAAGGGUUUAUGUAGCAGUGUGUGUCCUUUUUUUUAUGUUAUAUUGAGAAAACUGCCACUGUAUCCUUUUAGCUAGUUGCCAACUAAAGGGGUCCAAGCAGAAGCUCUCCUGUUCGCUUUAAUGUCUCAGAUUUGUGCCUCAUUUUAUGUCCUCUGAAGUACAGAGUUACUGAUGGAAUCAAAAUCAUUUGCACUUUAUGACAAUGACUUGACUUUUAAGCUGAAACUUGUUUGAAUUUCGUUCGUUUUUACCAAUCAAUCAAAUGAUUUGCCGUUUGUUAUUCUGGCUGAUGUUUUUUAUACUUCAUAAAUGUCAUGUUUGCACUUACAAUGUAUUAAUGUUGCACAAAAUGUCCAAAUGUAUGAGUGAAUGUUUUAUUGUUGAAAUGAGAUGUUUUAUGGAAAAUGUUUAUAAAUAAUAAAUUGUAACGUUUGUACAUUUUCUGUUGUAUUUUUUAUAUCAAAAGUGUGAAGUAUUGAAAUAUUAAUCCAAAGAAUCAGGGUUAUUAUAGCUGACUACAACCAUAAAAAAAAACAUUUGCUACUUGAAAUAAAAUAUUAAAUGAA